AUUGACGUAAUGUUUAAACUUAUCGAUAUUGUAGUGGCAGUAGUCCACUUGUCCAUAUAUGGAAUCCUGUUUUACAACUUUGGACCAGUCUAUGGCCUCUGUGGUAUCUACACUAUCUACAAAGUAGCAGACAUGAUACUCUGGAACUUUUUUAACAUAAGAAUCAUGAGAGGAGUUGACCUGAUUAUGUACCUGGAAAAAGAGAAAAAUAAGUCAAUAUGUACAUGAACCCUAAUCUUGGACAAGAAUGAUCACAAGGAGAUCAAGAGUGACCACUUCUUGUAUCUCAAGAAUAAGCUGUUGCAGUAUACUAUGAAGAACGAUAUUUUUAAGUCAAAAGUUCUCGAAUUCUUAGGUAUCCACCUCUUCCAAGUCCUGCCAGACGAUAGCAAGACAAGAACUCUCUGUGCUCAAAGGAUCCAUAAAAUAGAAGAAGAUAUGAACGAGGAGAAGGACUUAAUAGCUUAUAUGAAGAAGGUAUCCGAAUACCCAAUGAGAAAGGACGAGCUGCAGUGGGAUCUAUACAUCCAUGAUAACUAUCAAGGGGAUAAAAUAGUCAUCUUUGGAAGAGUUCAUCACGGUAUCUCAGAUGGAAUGGGAACAAUGCUAUUUCUCUCCUCAGUGGAUGGGAACAAGAAUCUUUCUGCUAUUCCACAGAUGAAGAAUAUUAGUGUGUUCAUGAGGUUCACUCUCUUCUUACUGUCACCUUUCUUUUUCCUAUAUUCGCUUAUAUCUGACGUCAAGAUCAUGGGCCAGGAUAACCCUUACAAGCUGAAGGAAGGAUUCUCAGGCAAGAAGGAGCUAGCUGUUUCGAAGACAUAUGAUUUUGAGCAGUUAAGAAAGUGCUACAAGAGAUAUAAUGGCAUGAAAUUCAAUGAUUUCUUCCUUGGGUGUAUUGGCACAGGCAUGAAGAAUUAUGCUAACGAGCUUGGAUACAAGAGUCUUGAUAGAGUUGGUAUGGGUAUUCCAGUCAACUUGAGGCCUCCACCAACUUCAUUAGAGAAGAAACUCACUUUCCAAAAUUGUAUUGGGCUUGGAGCUUGUGAGUUCCCUUGUUUAGAAGAUCUUGAGAAAACAAUGAAGAAAGGAAAAAUUGCUGUACACAAGAGGUUCAAACCUUCAAUAAUGUGGUCAUCACAAAAGAUUCAGCUUAUGUUGAAAUAUUUCCCAAUCCUUGUCAACAAUCUUAUUGUUGAUCUCGUUUCUGGAAAUAUUGAAUUAGCAGUGUCCAACAUUAAUGGUCUGAGGAAACCAAUCACCAUAUGCGGGUACACUCUUGAAGACUCUUAUUUCAUCACACCCAACGUGUUCAACUGUGGCCUCUGCAUACUUGGCGCUAGCUAUAACAAGAAAUUCAGAUAUUGAGCAUACCAAGAUGCAUCUCUUGAGGCUAAAGCUCAAAAACUUGUAGAUCACAUUGAGAAAAUAAUUGAGAGAGAAAUUGACAAAAAUGAUCGUCACCAAAACUAA